AUCGCAUGUUCCUUUCUAAUCUCUAAAGCUUUUGGACAUGGGUAGAGGGCUUAACGGAGGCUUUAUUUCAAUACAAAGCAGGCUAGGUCACAUAAAUUGUUAAUUGGGGUUCUUUGGGGUAGUAGGUUGAGUUACAAAUUCUCAAGACUUAGUGAAAUAUUAUGAUCCACCGGUUGUGUGCCUGCAACAAUGUGAUCUUGAGUGCUGUACUUGGAUGCUGUUCUAUGUGUACACAAGCAUCAUUCUAGUGCGUUUGGAUGUGAACACUUUUAAUUUUUUUUACUCUGAACUACAAAAACUGGCUGUUUUCAAAUGCACAUAACUGACUAACUUCUUCAAAACUCAAUCUUGAUCUGUGAAUACCUUUUUGGAGUAGUGUGGUUAAGGCUUUAGAAGGCAGACCUUGACAUUAUUUUACCCCUUAAACACAAUCUCAGAUGAAGUUAUUUAUGGAAUGCCGUUUGUAAAAUGUUGAACGUUUUGAAAUAUGUUUGAAAAAGUGACAUGUGAAUAUUGUCCUGCUUUUUUUAUUCGUAUGAUAAUGCUAAAUGUACGAAAACUUCACAGGAUUUUAGAACGUUCAACAUUUUUCAAACGGUGCCCCAUAGUUAUUUGUUUGAAUGGCCCAGUGGCUAUGCCUUAACUAGAUGACACUAAAUCUGUUCAUAAAAUAAAUUGCCAGAAAUAACUUUGUUCUCAAAGUGCUUGAUGACAUGCUAAGCUGCAACCAGCAAAUGUCUGCAGCAAUGUAUUUCAAUUGUUUUCACAGGACUAAAACGUUUUCCCGAAUUACUUUCUCUUGAAAUUGUGUGAAUUUUAUGACCGCAAACUACUAUAAUCUCACUGCUGCUUCUGUUUUGUAGAACAACGUCCUCCUUGCGGUUCUCUUUUGUAAUAGCAGGCACUGACUGGACAGUACCAUUAUAUACUAUUCGGGGGUGGUCACCUUUGACGUGAUCACCAAAUAUGUGGGGAGUUAACUAUUUGGAAUUUGAAAUGGAUAUAUAUUUUCAAAAACGUUUGAAAAAAACUAGAGUGAACAAAAUCAUCUUCAUGUUCACUCCACAGUUUUCCUGCAGACGAAAAUGGAAUGACCGUGAUGACGUCGUACGUGACGCGACGCCAUCAUCAAACAUGGCGGACGAAGAUAACACAAACAUGGGAAAAUAUAACGAAAAGAAUAAACCUCUUCACAGCACAGUCAAGCCACUCGUCGACGGAGUCACCCAACGAAUAGGCAACCAGAACAAUGCCGAAGGCCCAAAAGACGCCGCCGAAAGCUGCACAACAACGGAGUACUGCGAGAGGCUGCAGGGGUGGAUGUGGCAGUACUACACUGGACAUGUCAACUGGCACAGCUGGAUGACCGCGUCGGCCAUGUCCUACCCGUAUUAUCUACAGGCAGACGGUGGGGCGACGCGCGACAUUAACUUCCAGCACUGGCACGACGGUGCCUUCGGUCUUCCGCGGUCGACCCACCGAGGCGCGGGCCCCUCCCGGCCGGGUGAAGCCGCAGGCGGGGCUGCAGGUGUCGCUCAGCAGCAGAAUGGAGACGCACCGAGACCAGGCCGAGAAUAUAUAAUUCCUUCACCUCUACAAAGACUCCUGGCAGAGAUUGUGGAUUUCUUCAUACUUUUUUUCAUCAAAGCAACCAUAAUCAUCACUAUUAUGCACCUGAGUGGAAUCAAGGAUGUUUCCAAAUUUGCCAUGCAUUUCAUAGUGGAGGAAAUAGACGAGGACACGUCAAUGGAGGAGCUACAGAAAAUGAUGCUUGUUGCACUCGUGUAUCGGAUGUUAGUGUGUUUUUAUGAGAUUGUGUGCAUUUGGGGAGCAGGAGGAGCCACUCCAGGGAAGUUUCUCGUUGGACUCAGAGUUGUUAGAUGUGACUCAUCGGUUCUGGUUCAACCGAACAGGGUGCUUGUCGUGCCAGCAACUAAUGUCUCUCUGUCAGCAUCAACUGUCCGAGCCUUGAACAAGAACUUUUCAAUUGCCUUCUUUUUCCCGGCCUUCAUCACUCUUCUGUUCUUCCAGCACAACAGGACUGUGUAUGAUAUGGUAGCUGGUACAAUUGUUGUCAAGCGCUCCAGGAUCAGAUGACGCAGAAGAACCCAGAUGAGGGCUACAACGAAAAUACUGAGGAAGCGCUGCCUGUGGAACUCCGACAUGAGCAUUUCUAAGGUGUCUCAAGAACUGAGAAGAUUGCUAAGACGGUUGCAGACAUUUUGAUGCAAAUCAGUAUGAACAAUUUCAGUUCCCUACAACUUGUGUUGGUUUGUUUUGGACACGUACUGUAUUUCUGCAUGUUUUUCUACAUGCUACUUUCAGAAACCGUUUCUGUGCCAAAUUGAUGCCUCGUUUGAAGACAGGAACAAAGAUGAUGUAUGGCACCAUUUCAUUAACACAACAUUUGCCUCUUUUUAAACACUAAACUCAUGGAUAGUGCGCCGUAUUAAUCUGUAUUGAAGUUGCUAAUUAUACCUUCAGUAUGUCUUUGUAUUAAAAUAUUGUCUACAGAAUUGUAUCCUCAGACUUUUUACUUUUGAGUUGUUGACCGUCUUCAGUGCUGAAGUGACGCCUCAUGAUCAAACAGCAUGUGUGACUAAAGAGUUAAACUGACACAUUUUGUGUGAUUAACUUAUUUUUUGCAUUUAAAACGAUUAAAUGAAAUUCCCUCUAUUUCCUUGCAUGUUUGAGGUGUCUGUCUUCUGGCUGUUUGAUAAUUCGUACAAUGUUUUGAUACAAAAUAAGGUUGUAUUGACUCUUUAUCGUGUGAUUAAAUUUGCCUCGUGAUUGGUGCAUUCAUCAGUUCACAUUCGAGCUAUAGUUUCUCUUUGCACGUUAACACCUUAGUAGCAAGAAAUGCACAUAACAUAAAAAGUGGAAAAACAUGUGCGGAAUCGGACAUGGUGGGCAUGAAUGGUCAUUGAACAGUUCGAUGAGUGACACCAAAUGUCAAUAACUGGCCUCUGCCACCAAACAUUAAAACAAAAAGGUAAAUACAUUUUUUUCAGUUUCCUCCAAGCUAUUGUAUCAUAAAUGUAAAUGUGCAUUGAAGCUUAUCCGGAAACUUGGCACCAACUGUUUAGGAUGCAAUGAUGUAAUAUGAUGGAUGUUCAUUUACCACCCAUCAGGCUCUCCAUUAGUAUUCCACAGUGGGUUUGAGCUUUUGAACAAAACU